UUGUGACAAGCACGAGCACUCACCACACCAUUAUUACCAUCAUAUUCAAAACCCAAAUGGAAACAAGUCCGGGGUUCCCAAUUCUCCUCUCAUAAACUCAAAACCAUUUUAGUUUUUUUUUUCCUAAAGAAACCAAAGUCAUGUUGCGGGUAUUGGCGAUGAUGAGGCGAAAUAUGAAGAAGAGCACAAAAGUAGCCGAUGAGAGCAUGUUUGGAGAAGGGAAUGGAAUCGAGAUUCCGGUUAUACCUCACCAUACAAGACAAGGGUGGAAUGGUCUUUCUCUUAUUUACAGCAUUGUAAAAGCACCACUCUCGCUUCUAUCAUGUCUAUCUUCUCACCCGCAUGGUGGAGCUGAUGGAAUCUGGGUUUCCGGGGAGUUUUCACGGGUAUCAGAGAUUAAUCAUCUUAUGGUCAAUGAUAGCAUGCGAUAUGCAAUCUUGAUGUGAAAAUUUUGAUAAGUUUCCUUAUAUUGGUGUAAUUUUUAUAUUUCAAAAUCUAUCUAAAAAUACCAUGUAGUAGAUUAGAUGGAGAUGACAAUACCGGUUGUUUACUAUUUCUAUCAAUAUAUUCGGUAAAGUAAGUAUGAAAUAAUUCAUGUAGUUUUGCAAAUA